GCCGAUUAAGGUCAGACUGCAGCACAGCAGACAGACAGGAAGACUAGUAAAUGCCAAACAUCACCCAUAUCACCAUCCUGCAAAUGGCCACAAGGGAUAUUUGUUCUCAUCACAGUCUUAAAACUGAUUCAUGAAUAUACAUGGAUAUGCAUGGAUUUUUUUUCUCUCCUCUUUUACUAACGCAAUGGAAAGGAUAGCAUUUAUAUCACAUAAAUAGGACAGAGAUACCGUAAGUGUGUAUAAAAGCGUAGACUUGAAUAGACCUGGAGCUGCAGGUCUGGUUGUCAGCCUCUCCUCUUUCUGGACCAGGUUCAGCUGAUCAGGCCGUCAGUAUCUGAGCCAAUCAAGUCUGAGACUGAACAUGUGGGACUUCCUGCUGUUCAAAACCAGAGGGGGAGAGGAUGACAGCCAAACACAGACAGCCAGUCGAGCCAUCGCACAGGAACAUUCAAUGUUUAUUAUGUUGUUUGUUGAAUUGGAAUGUGUGAAAACGUUUUCCCAGGAAGGAAAGUAUGGUGUUUAAUUGUGUCACUCACAGUGGAGGGAGCAGAGACUGUUGAUUGUUGCUGAAAAAGUGCCAAAGAACUGAACACAUGGAGACUGAGUGCCAGCAGUGGACAGAGAGCCAAAUUGAUGAGGACAGUGACUCAGAGGAGAUCCUGUGUGGAAUCCAUCAGGAGAGCUGUGCCACUGACCUGACCCACCACCCUCAGCUGGAUACUGACAUUGAGGCAGUCAGGACUUUGUAUUCAGACUCUGCAGUCUCCAUCAGGGAGUACUGGUCAAUUGAUGAUGUGGAUGUUGACUUAAACAUAAAUGCUAACGUUUUGGAUGAGGAAGUGGCCAAGGCCUGGAGGAUUAACCCAUCAGAGCCCAUCGUUAUCCGUCUGCACUUUUCUCCAUCUCAGUAUCUGGAUGGACCGGCACCUUCAGUCGAAGUCUUUCAACCAUCCAACGCAGAUCAUUUCAGCCUUAGGAAACAACUACAGAAUAUUCUCACUGUCUUCUUAUCUCGGGAGUGGAAACAGCUGACCAAUGAGAAUGUCGUAGUCCGACAUAAGAGAAGACACAGCUGGUUUAGGCCAAAUGGAACCAUUAAGAAAUUCCGUGCAAGACUUAAGAUCUGGCUCCCACCAUCAAAGUCCAGUGAGCUCCAGGAACCUACUGUGAAAGGAAGGAUCAUUCCACCAACGAUAAAACUGAACCGUUUCACGAAUCAUACGACUUCCUACACUAUCAGGAAUCCCACAGGAGAGCUCUUCGCCUACACACCCAGUGGAAAGAGAGUGAUGGUGUCAGCAGUCAAGUCAUCAGCACAGCUUAGUACCAAACAGCUGAUAGAGCUGCUUUUCUCCUCCCAGGCCAUCAGGCACUGUAAGACCCCCCCAACUCUACAGCACGGUUUGUUGGUGCAGAUAAUGAGGUAUGCUGAGCAGAGACUCCCCACGCUGAAUGAAUACUGUGUUGUAUGUGAUGAGCGACAUGUGUUUCAAAAUAGCCCUAUGUUAAAGCCAGCAGUUUGCACCAGGGAGCUAUGUGUGUUUUCCUUUUAUACGUUGGGGGUUAUGUCUGGAGCUACAGAGGAGGUUGCCACUGGUGCCGAGGUAGUUGACCUGCUGGUUGCCAUGUGCAAAGCUGCCCUUCAGUCUUCACGCAAGAGCAUCAUAUUUGAACCAUACCCUUCUGUUGUUGAUCCGUGCAACCCCAAAACCCUUGCCUUUAAUCCUAAGAGAAAGAGCUAUGAUCGGCUGCAAAAAGCGCUGGACAGUGUCUUAUUAAUCAGGAGGAUGUCGCAGGGUCCAUAUUCUGAAAUAAAGAAGCAGAUGGACAAGACAGACCCUCUCGCUCAUCCCUUACUACAAUGGAUUUUAGCAAGCAACAGAUCACACAUUGUCAAGCUUCCGCUCAACAGGCAACUUAAGUUCAUGCACACACCCCAUCAGUUCCUGCUGAUCAGCAGCCCUCCAUCUAAAGAGGCUCGUUUUCAAACUGCCAGGAAACUUCAUGGCAGCACCUUUGCUUUCCAUGGUUCCCACAUCGAAAACUGGCACUCUAUUCUGAGAAAUGGGCUGAUUAAUGCCUCUUAUACAAAAUUACAGCUUCAUGGAGCUGCAUAUGGUAAAGGCAUUUAUCUGAGUCCUAUCUCAAGCAUAUCAUUUGGAUAUUCUGAGAUGGGCAAAGGGCAACACCAAAUGCCCACCAAAGAAGAACUCGUACAGAAAUACAACCAAAUAAACAAAAACAAACAGGAACAGCUGGGGCAAGCCAGGUUUUUGCAAAACAGGAAUCUAAACUGCAUCGCUCUCUGUGAAGUCAUAACUUCAAAGGACCUUCAAAAACAUGGGAACAUUUGGGUGUGUCCGAUAUCCGACCACGUGUGCACACGUUUCCUUUUUGUGUAUGAGAACGGCCAGGUGGGAGAUGUCCACAUCAACACUCAGGAAGCCAGGAUCCACAGGGAAAUUUUGCAAGUAAUUGCUUUAAAGCAGUGCUAAGAAAACAAAUUAUUUAUGUUUAGAGUGCAGUAUUUAAUACUGAUAAUAGAUCUUAGUUUCUUUGUGGCUAAACAUACAGUAUUAAGUUAGACUUUUAUUGGUUUGACAAGUGGACAUAAAACAGUUCUUUAUAUCACAUUUAUCAACUUUUGUUUGAAUGAAAAACGCUAAAACAAAGAAAGAAAAAUAUCACCACGAAAGGAAGAGAGCUAUCAACUGCAAUAAUAUUAGAUUGUUUGUUGUGUCAUGCACCUGUAAAAUCUUUUUUUGCCUUAUAUCUUAAAAUAUAGUCUGGUGUCAUAACUCUGUACUGUAAACACAUAUGUUGUACGUUUUUAUAACCACACAUUUUCAAAGUAAAGACUUCAAUAUUAGCUUA